UAAUAUGCUCCGGGUUGCACCAUAACAUUUUCUUUCGCCCUCUUUCUUCUUCCUCUUAUCUGGGUUUUGGAUGUCUUGAGAAACAGUGUCCAGAAAAAUGGCCAGUUUAUUUCUGCGAGUUCCAACCAGGAACUUCUAUGUUUCAGCUUCUUCUAAUGGUGCUCCUCCCGGUGUGCCUCAACAAGGAGGACCAGUGAUUCUGGAAAUUCCCCUUGACAAAAUACGGAGGCCACUCCUGCGGACAAGAUCCAACGACCCACUGAAGGUGAAGGAACUCAUGGACAGCAUUGCCCAAAUUGGCCUUCAAGUUCCGAUUGAUGUGCUCGAGGUUGAGGGAGUAUACUAUGGUUUCUCUGGUUGUCACAGAUUUGAGGCUCACCAACGACUAGGCCUCCCAACAAUACGUUGUAAAAUUCGGAGAGGAACAAAAGAAACUUUGAGGUCUCUCUCUCUCUCUCUCUCUCUCUCUCUAAAAGAAACUUUGAGCUCUCUCUCUCUCUCUCUCUCUCUCUCUCUCUCUCUCUCCAUGUACAUCUGCGUGUGUGUGUCCAUCUGCCUACCUCUGUUAUGUUUUACAACGUUUGCCUUUCACCAUACAAAUAUUUUCAUUUUCACUUUUGUCUUGCAGGCAUCACCUCCGUUGAAUUGUUGAGAGCUAUUUGUAUGGAGUUGAGCCAAGUUGGCAGCUUUCUAGAUUUGAUACUCCAUGCUGGGCCUGUUAAUGGUUUGGUGGUUAUGGGAGGUAGUUGUAAAUAGUUUGCAUAUACUGGUGGAUCAACUUGCCAAUUACCAUAGGGAGUGUUACCAUAUGUUGCGCAAUCACCGACUAAAUGUGCUUGCAUUAUGAUUCUUCUAGAUUAGAGAGCUGGAAGCUUGUGUCAAAAUAAUAGAGACAGGUUCUCUUAUUUUCGUGUUAUAGAUGUUUUUUUAUUGCUUGUUGGGUUGUUUUAUUAGUAUAUGUUGGAACUUUGGUUUGUAUUUGUAAAACAUUGUGUUUUUUCUAGUCCCACUUUGCUAAGUCACAAAA